AUGGAGUCGUACUCGCUAGGUUAUUGUUUCGUGCCGACGGAUGAAGAACUCAUCGUUGAGUACUUACUAAAGAAGAUCGACAAUCAGCCUUUACCAGCCGAUGUUAUUAAAGUCGUCAACUUUUCCGAUCACGGUCCCGAUACUUUAACACGCGAAUAUCCUCCAGUUGGACACAAGGAAUGGUAUUUUUUCACCCCGAGGAUUCGAAAGUAUGCCAAGGGAUCGCGGCCUAAUCGAACUGCUGGCAACAGAUUUUGGAAAGCUAGUUCUGCCGACAAGGAUAUUAAGUUUAAUAAUAAAAUUAUCGGACACAAGAUGACUUUAGGUUUUCAUGAAGGAAUAUCUUUAAAAGACGGGAUUAAGACCGAUUGGAUCACGCAUGAAUAUACAGCUAUUCAUCCUUCCUGGAAUAAAAGAGAUGUCGACGACAACAUGAAGGUAAAAAAUGUUUCGAAAUCAAGCAGUGCUAAUAAACGGCAGGCGAAUCUCCUAGAAAAUCAACAAGAAGAAGAAAAAGAAGAAGAAGUUGCGGUGCGAGAAAAUCGAGGAGAGGAAGAAGUUGUUGCAUCACUUGGCAACAUUUAUCACGCGGGCAUGCCAUUAGUCGUUGAAGAUGAAGAAAUUAUUCACGCAGGCUGCAUGCAAAUAGUUCAAGAUCAAAAUCCAGAAGAGGUAGGAGGAGUUCGUGAAGUUGUUGCGGAAAAUGCAAACGCAAACGCAAUCCCAAUUUCAUGGUUGGACGAUUUUAUAGACAUUAAUGCAAUAUUAAUGACGAAAGUGUUGGGUUUUGGGCACCUGGUUUCUUCUUACAUUGCUUCGGCCUUCAAUCACUAUGAAUCACGUCUCUCUUCAUCACUCUCACCAGAUUAA